CCACCCCAAGCCAGUAUUUCCCCUCCUGUCUAUGGGAAAGGAACAGUUUUAGGGGGGAAAAACAAGUGUGUGGAGCCAAGGAACAGGUCUGACCUCAGUUACAGGAACUGGUGCUAUUCUAAAGUGGGGCUGUCAACGCCAACAUGAACACCAGUGAUCUGGAAACCACCUUUACCUUUGACUUCACCACAGAACACGCACAGUUCAAUGCGUCAACAGCUACGAUUCCCCCCACCACCUCCUCCUAUACUUUAGACAGCCAUGACCCAGAAUUCACCAUUCUGGUGGUGCUGGGCUUGUCACUGCUGCUGGCAGUGUUGGCGAUCUUCCUGGCUGUGUGUCGGCGCUCUGAGCAAGACGAGGAAUGCGAGGCGAGCUGUGGCUCAGGACGGACUCUGAAACGCGGACAAAGCCAGUCCAGUGAACCGCAACUCAAAGUGUGGAAAAGGCUGGGCUCCUACCGGCGCUCGUACAAUUUGUCCUUCAGAAGACCGCCUCAUCGGAGGCCGCACGAGCAUAGGAACACACGUGCUUCCCAUUGUCCAGGCACGCAGAUGAAACAGCCAGGAGUCCUCACGGAGCCCCACCUCACUACACCUUGUCUGUAUGACUAUGUCACUGAGAUCUAGUUAAAAAAAUAGCCAAGGACUGAAAUUGCAAGUCACUAAAACCAGCCACAAGCAACAACCCAGUCUACUUUUACUUUCCAAAUGUUUUCAGAUGUACAGCUUACAGCAUUAUUCAUCGAUGGAAAUACUUUUCAAAGCAUUUUUAUGCACAUAUUGGUAGUUUUAUAAAGAGUGCAAAGAAGAAUCUGCUCGACUGUUUAUAUAAUACUCCUAACAAGCAUUUCAAGUACCAUUACAACAAGAUUACUUUUUGUACUUCAAAUGUAAUUUGCACAUUUUAACCACCCAUCAGCUGUAAAAUUUAAAAUGCUACUAUCUUAUUUUGGCUCUCCCUUAAAGAUGAGGAUUAUUCCUUUGCAUCGCAGAGCUCUAAUAGUUGUGAUGGAAUUCAAUAUGUCCAUCUGCUCUUCUGAUGUAAUUAGGUCAAAAACAUUUCUAAUUCCACUUGAAAUAUACUGUACAGUAAUAGAGG